AAGAAACAGAAAUUAGCAGGUGGGACUCAGUUGAUCGCAGUUUCCUUUGCUUUUCUACACAUGGACUGUUACACUCACCUAAUAACGAAGACGAACAUAGAUCUCUUUCUCUUCUUCUCGAGAAGUCUCAGUUUUUUUUUUCUCGUUCCUCAAAAAACCUAAUUUUGUUUUUCUGUUCCCCCCCAAUUUCUCACUAUUCCAAGAUCUAAAAUCACGCAUUUUGCUUUCUAAUAUUUCUUGGGUUUCUGGUGCCAUGAUUUCUCAUUUGCUCUUUGCUUCUCCGAGAAAAACCUCCGGGAAAGUAGGAUAAAUCUGUGUUGAGUUCGAGAGGUAAAUUGAUUCACAAUGUUGGCCUGUUUCUUCAAGAGUACUCUGUUCUUGAUCUCGAUUUUGGCGUUACUGAGCUUCGGGAGCUGCAAUGGUCGAAUCUUCACCUUCGAGAUGCACCACCGAUUCUCCGAUGAAGUCAAGCGUUGGUCCGAUUUAACCGGGCGGUUUGGUAGUUUCCCCCCUAAGGGAAGCUUCGAAUAUUACAACACUCUCGUUCUCCGUGAUCAGCUCAUCCGCGGAAGACGCCUCUCGGAGUCGGAAUCGGAGCCGUCGCUCACUUUCUCCGACGGAAAUUCAACUUCUCGUAUCAGCUCUCUCGGAUUUUUGCAUUACACGACGGUGAAAUUGGGUACUCCGGGAUUGAGAUUCAUGGUGGCGCUCGACACAGGAAGCGACCUCUUCUGGGUCCCUUGUGACUGCGGAAAAUGCGCACCAACCGAAGGAGCUGCUUUCGCUUCUGAAUUUGAACUAAGCAUUUACAAUCCUAAAGUGUCAACCACAAACAAGAAAGUCACCUGCAAUAACAGCCUAUGUGCACAGCGUAAUCAGUGCCCCGGAACGUUCAGCACUUGCCCUUAUAUGGUGUCUUACGUCUCUGCUCAGACUUCUACAUCCGGUAUACUUAUGGAAGAUGUUAUGCACUUGACAACCGAAGAUAAGAAUCCAGAGCGUGUUGAGGCAUAUGUCACAUUCGGAUGUGGACAGGUUCAAAGUGGUUCUUUUCUUGACAUUGCGGCACCAAAUGGUUUAUUUGGACUUGGCAUGGAAAAGAUAUCGGUUCCAAGUGUUUUGGCGAGGGAAGGUCUGGUUGCUGAUUCUUUCUCCAUGUGUUUCGGACAUGAUGGAGUCGGAAGGAUCAGUUUUGGGGAUAAAGGUAGCUCUGAUCAGGAAGAGACACCGUUUAAUCUGAACCCUUCACACCCAAACUACAACAUCACGGUGACUCGAGUACGUGUGGGGACAACUCUAAUAGAUGAUGAAUUUACAGCUCUCUUUGACACCGGCACAUCGUUUACUUAUUUGGUUGAUCCGAUGUAUACAACAGUCUCAGAGAGUUUCCAUUCUCAGGCCCAAGAUAAGCGCCAUUCACCGGAUCCAAGGAUUCCCUUUGACUAUUGCUAUGACAUGAGCACUGACGCAAAUGCCAGUUUGAUACCGAGUUUAAGCCUCACAAUGAAAGAAAACAGCCACUUCACCAUCAAUGAUCCUAUAAUCGUCAUCUCUACCGAGGGUGAGCUUGUAUAUUGCCUGGCCAUUGUCAAAAGCUCUGAACUCAACAUAAUCGGACAGAACUACAUGACCGGGUAUCGUGUAGUAUUCGACAGAGAGAAACUCAUCUUAGCUUGGAAAAAGUUUGACUGCUAUGAUAUUGAAGAGACAAAGACAACUCUUGCCGGAGCAAACAAAACAGAGGCGGUGGCUCCGGCAAUGGCAGCCGGAAUAGACACUCAUAAUAAUUCCUCAGAUCCACACAAAACAAACAAAACCAUCUCCAAUAGUAGUUCUUCCUCCAACCAAAGAUUUAAAACAGUAAAGCUAUGGUCUUUUUUCAGAUUUGUGUUCAUAUUACUUCCACUUUUGUAGAUAUGUAGUAACCUUCAAGUCCCAUCCAAAACACAAAAGCCAUUUUUUUUUUUUGUAUCAUAAAUCGGCCUCUUCAGGAAAUAUAUGCUGCCCAUUCAUAUCACUAUCAACUUUUUGUCAAAUUUUUACCCAUUUUUCGCGGCUGUAAUUAGAUAAUUACAUAGUCAAACCGAAAUAAAUCGAUGUAAACCGAACAUAAAGAGAACGUGGUUUAUGGAGUAGCUAGAACGCUACGCUGAAUAUUCAAAAGAAAAAAGAAGAUGGGUUCCAUAUUGA